UUCCUGCUUUUUGCCCUCACCGCACCGCAGAGAGCAGCAGCAACAACUCCCUCCGCAGACCGCCUACCUACGAACUAUAAAACGAUCCUUCCCCGCCACCCGACAAAGCGCGGGGUAGUGUCCAGAACCCACCGCCGUCAUGCCCUGCUUCAAGGGGAUUGCGGUGAGCAUCCAUGCCAAUGGAAUGCCGCUGCCGGAACACGGCGUGCAGAAGCAAUCUCGCGUCUCGCGAAUCAACUCGUACAUCCCCGUGCCGCAGCCGCAGCUCAGCGGCGACAACAAGCCCGAACCCGCCAAGUUCGCCAUCUCCAUUACCCUCCUCACCCCGGGCCUUACGAUACCCUACUCGGCGUGCAAGGCAACCCCCGAUAACCCGAACCCGAAGCCCCAGCUCGUCGGCCCGCUGCCCUCGAGCACUGGGGAGCGCGGCAAGUUCCAUGGCGUCGUCACGCCCUACAUCCCCAUGACCAACGUCGAGAAUGAGACCAUUGCCGCCUAUAUUUACUUUGACGGAAGAGGAAAAGAAGAGGUCGCCACCCUAUUGCGUCCCGGCGAGGAAACCUGGGUCAAUAGCCGCUGGGUCCAAGUUCCGGACAGCGAGGGUGGUGGCCUCGCCGAGCGCGAGUUCCUCUUCCGCGAGGUCGGCCUGGAGCGGUGGCUCAAUGGGCUUGACCUGAAGGGCCACGACGCCGCCGAGAAGUUAGAGCGCCGGAGGCAAAAGUUCGAGAAGCGCAGGAGACGGCAAAAGCAACAAUCCGAAGAAGGCAUGGGCAUGGACAUCGAGGGCUCAAGCAAGCUGCGGGGCACCCUCCGAUACGGUGCCGACGAGCGCUCCCCCGUCGAAGCCGUCUUUGACGAGGAUUCCAUCUCGUCGUCUGACGACGACGAACCGCCCGAGGCCACGGGCCAGAUAAAGGUUGCCAUGUUCCGGGUCAUCGCUUCCGGCGAGAUCAAGAAGGGGGAGUACUCGCCCCAGUUCGACGCUCACGACGAUUCCGAGGAGGAUGAGGGCAAGGGGAGCUCGAACGGGAUCGACGCAGAUGUCGAGCAUACCACUAGCUUUGCGAAACCGAAGACGCUGGACCCCAAGACGAUUAGCACUCAGACGGUGACGGGCCUCGACGGGCCGGACAAGCCGUACGCGGUGUUCACUUUCUUUUACCGCGGCGAACGCCAGCUUCAAAAAAUGGGCGUCAUGGCGCCCCCGAAGCCACAGACUACGUCCCCGACGAUGAAGCGGCGGUCCGGUCAGGUCGACUUUUCGAGCCUCGGCCCCCUCAAAACCAGUGGCACCGUGGGCUUCUCGGCGUUUCGGGAUAGGGACAGUCAGCCGACGAGGAGUAGGAAGUCACGCAAGAGCAACGGGGCCGCAGAGAGCACCGCCAUGGAUGCCGAUAGCGACGAUGACGAUGAAGACGACGGCGCCGAGAUCCUGAGCAAGAUGGAGGACAUUGACAAUAAGGAUGACAAGUCCAAGCUCAGGCCCGAUGACGCACAGUUCUCCGGCGAGCUCGCUGACGGCGUGAAUCGCAUCCGGCUCAAGCGAGCCCACUCGGCCGACCCAGACAGCGCCUCGAGCCCUCGGAAAUCCCCGAGCGCCGGCGUCUCGACGCCGCCCGAAGCGACUCCGCCCGGCGGCCUCGCGCCACUUGGUGGCGCCGCCGGAAUCUUUGGCAAGAGCCUCACGGACGACAGCAACGUUGUCGGUAGUCCCCUCAAGAAGGCCCGACCUAGCCUGGGUGCUGAUGCGAGUGUUGGUGGAGGCGACAUCGGCGGUUCGACAGGCGGAAGCUUCCCCCCAGCGCUCGGCGAUAUACUCGCCAAGGCUCAGGCUGCUCAGGCAAGCCAGGAUCAAGAGCGGGCUGCGCCGCCGAUGAAGAUGGAGGAGGAGGAACUAUAACAUGGGAAACCUUGGGAAGUGAGCUAAUAUUUGGUUGUUUACUGUUGGUCUAUCGUGGCACAGACGCCACUCUGCGUCGGAACCCGACAAGGCAGGGCCUGGACAUUCUGAAUUCUGCUUUUGCUGGUGGGGUUUUGGGGUUGGUGGAAGGGAGCUUGGGCAGAAGCAGGAGUCAACGAGCACCCCUCAUCAAUCUUUUUUCU